AUGCCCAAAUACUACUGCGACUACUGCAAGUCGUAUCUGACUCACGACUCGCUGAGCGUGCGUAAGUCGCAUUUGCAGGGCCGGAACCACCUGUCGUUCUACUGCGAGUACUACGAGGAGGUGGCCAGGAAAAACGGGCUCUUGGAACCCAACGAGCUGCCGUGGGAAUAUAGCUUAAAAGUGCACUACGGCGGGAUGCCAGGCACACAUACUGCGAAGUCCGAGCUGCAAUUGCCUCCUCCACCCACGUUGAACGGGUUCCCCAACCCACCAGCGUGGAUGACAUCCUCCGACACGUCUGCGGAGAAGAAAACCGUUGCCGACUGGAAACGUGCAACAGAGCCGGUGAGCGAUCUGGCCAGACCCAAAUGA